UUUUUUAAUAAUAAAAGACAAAGACUAAUUGGAAUUCUUGCUCUCUUUCCUCUCUCUCCAUAUGUCUUCAUCCAUAUGUUUCGAUCACAUUGUCGUAACUUUUAUUUAGCUAUCUUUUGAUCUACGCGGAUCCGGGAUUCGCAGCAUAUCGGGAUCGGGUACUCCCAAAUCCCCAUCAUCGGAGAGGAAGGAGAUCGGAUACGGCCGUCCAAAUUGAUCCCUAAUGGCGGCAUCCCGGCGCCUCAGAGAGCUCCAAUCGCAGCUUGGCAACAAGAUCUGCGUCGACUGUUCCCAGAAAAAUCCGCAGUGGGCUUCAGUCUCCUACGGCGUCUUUAUGUGCUUGGAGUGCUCCGGGAAGCACCGGGGCCUCGGCGUCCACAUCUCCUUCGUCCGAUCCGUUACCAUGGAUUCCUGGUCCGAGAUCCAACUCCGCAAAAUGGAGCUCGGCGGCAACGACAAUUUCAAUAAUUUUAUUUCCCAGUAUGGGAUCCCUAAACAAACCGAUAUCGUCACCAAAUACAAUACCAAAGCCGCCUCUGUUUAUAGGGACAGGAUCCAAGCCCUCGCCGAGGGCAAACCUUGGAGGGAUCCUCCUCCCUUCAAGGAAACCCUCAGCGGGGGCCCCACCAGUAAGCCGCCGCUGUCUAGUGCUGGGGCAUCUGGGGGUAGUCGGACUGCAGCCUCUUCGGGGUGGGAUAGCUGGGAUAAUUAUGACGAUGGCGGGUUUAGUAGUAGCAACACUAGUAAUAAUAUCAGGAGAAAUCAGACGGUGGGGGAUUUUAGGAGUGGUGGUGGCACCGGUAGCACUCCUGCUCGAUCGAAGUCCACUCAGGAUAUUUAUUCCCGGGCGCAGCUGGAGGCUUCGGCUGCCAAUAAAGAAAGCUUUUUUGCGGGGAAGAUGUCGGAAAAUGAGUCGAGGCCUGAGGGGAUUCCGCCCUCCCAAGGGGGAAAGUACGUCGGAUUCGGGUCCAGCCCUGCUCCCAUUCCCAGGAAUAAUUCUCAGGGAGAUGUUUUCUCUACUGUUGCUCAGGGAUUCGGCAAGUUAUCGCUGGUGGCUGCUUCAGCAGCACAGUCGGCAGCUAAUGUCGUUCAGGCAGGUGCUACAGAGUUCUCUUCGAAGGUGAAAGAGGGGGGCUAUGACUACAAGGUGAAUGAAACUGUCAAUGUUGUAGCUGCUAAGACGACAGAGAUAGGACAUAAGACAUGGGGUAUCAUGAAAGGUGUCAUGGCUUUGGCAUCACAAAAGGUUGAGGAGUAUGCAAAGGAAGGUGGUGUUAGCUGGAAGAAUGAUGGCUGGCAAAGGAGUGAAAGUGAGACAAAUGGUUAUUAUCAGGAGUUUGGACAGGAUUCGAAAGGAUGGAAUUCUCCUGCUGCUGGGCAGCCCUCAUCUGGUCGGCAGUUUAAUUCUGUCAGUUCUGGGUCCUGGGAUGAUUGGGAUAGUAAAGACAAUAGGAAAGAAGAAUCAAGUAAAGGGACAGCAUCUCAUAAUGGGGAUAGCUGGGCAGGCUGGGAUGAUAACAAAGAUGAUGGAUUUGAUAACUUCUACCAGAGUGCAUCUGAUAGCAAGGCUGUCGGUUAUAAUGGAAAAUCAGAUGCUAAGUGGACGGAAGGAGGUUUUCUCUAAGAAAUUUCCAGCUGUUGUUGCUUGCACACGUCAGAUUGUACGAGAAGUUAUUGCUGUUUUCAAUUAUUUGGUAUGCUCGCUCGAGUGAUUCUGGACUUGGGCUCAUUCGUGUCCAACUUUGAAGAGGCUGAACUGAGUACGCGCUACUGCAGCCAAGUCUAUUAGAAGGAAAUGGAACUCUUUUGUCAAGAAAAUAGCUGAUCGUUUUUAUAUCAUCCCAUGAUAAGAUCAAUGGAUAAGUUGGACUUUUAGUUUCAUUUGUCCCACUAGCGAGUGUGCAUUUCAUUUGGCAAACACAGAAUUUAGAUUUCUCGGCGUCUUCUGAAAUUUAGAUUAUAUAUAUAUAU